ACGGUCAAUAUCUCGUCAAAGAAAAAAUAAUUGCACAAGGGGAAAAAGGGUGAGAAGCGUUACGAAAACUGCGGAAACAAUAUUCUUGGAGCUGCGACAGGAAAAAUGGACGCGGCCAUAGGGAAGGUUUUCGAUUCCGUCUCAGACUUCUUCUCCCGCGCUGCCUCUGCCUCCUCCGAUGAGUUCCCCUUGUGCGAUACCGACAUCAUCUCCGGGUGUGAGAAAGAACUUGCAGAGGCUCAGAAAGCUCAAGACGAAGGACGUACCAAGGAAUGCAUCAUGCGUCUUUCAUGGGCUCUUGUUCAUUCAAAGAUGCCUGGUGAUAUUCAGCGUGGCGUAGCAAUGCUUGAAGCUUCGGUGGUUAAUGAUUCAAGUGCAAUGAAACUCAGGGAGAAGCUAUAUCUCCUUGCUGUUGGUUACUAUCGAAGCGGUGACUAUUCAAGAAGCCGGGAUUGUAUAGAACGGUGUUUGGAGGUUGAACCGGAGUCAGGACAGGCUCAGACACUAAAAAAGGCUAUAGAGGACCGUAUUGUCAAAGAUGGUGUUAUCGGCAUUGGAAUUGCUAUUACUGCUGUAGGGCUUGUUGCUGGUAUUGCUGCAGCCUUCGUACGCUGAGGCUGAGGAUGAAAGAACCCAUACAUGUAUAUGUUUCCCUGAUCUUCAGUGAGUUUGUUUAGUUUCUUUGUAUCCUUCAAACGAUGUCUUUACUAAGGGGAAAUUAUGUAAAUCCUGUUUUUCUAUGAAAUACUUAAAAAGCUAAACAACAUAACUUGAUUGAGGAAGCAUCAAACAUAAACUUUAUUA